AUGAGGCCUGAGAACCAGAGCAGCGUGUCCCAGUUCCUCCUCCUGGGGCUCCCCAUCCCACCAGGGCAGCAGAGUGUGUUCUUCACCCUGUUCCUUGGCAUGUACCUGACCACGGUGCUGGGCAACUUGCUCAUCAUCCUGCUCAUCAGGCUGGACUCUCGCCUGCACACGCCCAUGUACUUCUUCCUCAGCCACUUGGCCUUCUCUGACAUUUCUCUUUCUUCUGUCACUGUCCCAAAGAUGCUCAUGAACAUGCAGACUCAUCAACAAUCCAUCUCCUAUGUGGGAUGCAUUACUCAGUUGUAUUUCUUCAUACUUUUUGCUGGUCUUGACAAUUUUCUUCUGGCUGUGAUGGCAUAUGACAGGUACGUGGCCAUCUGUCACCCUCUGCACUACACCACCAUCAUGAGGGAGGGGCUGUGUGUGCUGCUGGUGGCUGGCUGCUGGAUUCUCUCCUGUGCCCAUGAUUUGUUGCACACCCUCCUCUUGGUUCGACUCAUGAGGCCUGAGAACCAGAGCAGCGUGUCCCAGUUCCUCCUCCUGGGGCUCCCCAUCCCGCCAGGGCAGCAGGGCAUGUUCUUCACCCUGUUCCUGAGCAUGUACCUGACCACGGUGCUGGGCAACCUGCUCAUCAUCCUGCUCAUCAGGCUGGACUCCCGCCUGCACACGCCCAUGUACUUCUUCCUCAGCCACUUGGCCUUCUCUGACAUUUCUCUUUCAUCUGUCACUGUGCCUAAGAUGCUCAUGAACAUGCAGACUCAGCAACAAUCCAUCUCCUAUGUGGGAUGCAUUUCUCAGUUGUAUUUUUUCAUACAUUUUGCUGGUAUUGACAAUUUCCUUCUGGCUGUGAUGGCAUAUGACAGGUAUGUGGCCAUCUGUCACCCUCUGUACUACACCACCAUCAUGAGGGAGGGGCUGUGUGUACUGCUGGUGGCUGGCUCCUGGAUUCUCUCCUGUGGCAGUGCCUUGUUGCACACCUUCCUAUUGGCCCAACUGUCCUUCUGUGCAGACCAUACCAUCACCCACUUUUUCUGUGAUCUCACUGCACUUCUGAAGCUGAGCUGUCCAGACACCUCCCUCAAUAAGCUGGUCAUAUUCACUGAAGGUGGAAUGCUUUUCUUUCUGCCUUUUGGUAUUAUUGUGGGCUCAUAUAUCCAUAUAGGGACCAUCAUCCUGAGGGUGCCCUCCACUAAGAGACUCUUUAAAGCCUUUUCUACCUGUGGCUCCCAUCUCUCUGUGGUGUUUUUAUACUAUGGGACAGUGGCAGGUGUUUACUUUUCCUCCUCAUCAUGGGGUUCCAAAGACAUAAUUGCUUCGGUCAUGUAUACGGUAGUUACCCCGAUGCUGAACCCCUUCAUCUACAGCCUGAGGAACAGAGAUAUAAAACAGGCCUUAGAGAUGUGUGUCAAUAGGGUUAAGUUCUUUAAGAUGCAAUCACUAAAUCCUCUGGUUGUAGUCAGGAGCACAGGGACAUAUAUCUCCUAA